AUGGAGCUUGAAGAGAACUUUACACAGUCCCUGUACAAGAUCUAUGAAGAGAACAAGAGAGUCCUGAUCCCUAUAGAAGAGUACGGUAAAAUACUGAGUGAAAUUAUUGAUGCUACUAACACUUCCAAGAAGACCCCUGAAGAAAGUGACAACGGAUCAGAGUUUACUGCCCAGGUAAUUGCCGACCUGAAGCAAAUGUGGCCAGAUCUUGUAAUAGUUCACGGCAAGCCUAGGCAUCCACAAAGCCAGGGCUCUGUUGAGAGAGCCAAUUGUGACAUCAAGGACAUGUUGGUAGCAUGGUUAGGUGACAACAAUACAACUGAUUGGACAGUCGGCCUUAAGUUGGUGCAGUUUCAGAAAAACUCUAGUUUCCACAGUGGAAUUAAAUGUUCUCCCUUUGCAGCACUCCUUGGUGAAGAUGCAAGCACAGGACCAACUUCACCAAGCCCUCCACAUGAGAUCACCCAGAAGCUUCAAAGUGAAGAUGAUCUUCUUUCUGUAGUAUCUAAUCCCACAUCAAGUGAAGAGUCCGACACUUCUACAGACCCUCCACCAGAAACCGACUUUGCCACACCAGCAUCAAGUGAGUCGCCAUCUGAAUCUACAAUUGAGACUCGACAGGAAGAUAUCCAUCUUAAGAGAAAGCAAGCCAAUGAAGCACAGAUGCAGCAGACUGAGAGAAUGGUCAAACGUAGCAGGCGUGUGAUGACAUAA